AUGGUUGCCAAAAUCGUCCUUAUAGUUUUCACUUUUGCUUUUGCAGCUCUGAUCUCAGCAUCUCCUUUGGAGAAGAGAGCAGUCACUGUCUUCACUGAUACAGGAUCAGCGAGCAUUACACCCGCAAUUUCAACCACUGAAGUUCUAUCGCCCGAUGCUGCCGAUGGUGAUGUGGGGGGCAAAGCAGACGCAGUUGGUGCUGUGGCUGAUGUCAUUAGUAAAGUCGUCGAUUUAAUUCAAGGCCUCAUCGAUGGAGACACUGUGCGCCGCCAACGCUUCACGCAAGAGACAGUAUCUGCGGUCUCGGUUGAAUUUCCAGGUCGCAGCGUCGUGAUGAGCAAUGUGGGAUAUUCUCUCACUUGCACACUAGAAGUGAUCUAG